AUGGCACCGAGACUUCCACCAUCCAAGCUGCAUCUCAUCCGCGACAUAAUAGAGAGCCAGUCACUUGGCACAUCUAAAAUAGCCGAAGAAGCAGAGUGCAGCCAGGCUACGAUUAUAAAUAUUCGCGCAAACUUGCGACAAUUUGGUAGUGUGCACGCACCCCCAACUCGAAUAGGACGGAGACGGACUGUGACACCACUGAUGAUCGAAGCCCUCUGCGAACACCUGUCUGAAAAGCCUGGUUUAUACCUCGAUGAGAUGGCUGUUUUCCUCUGGGAUGAAUUCCGCACCCUAGUCACAACCUCCAGCAUCAGACGAGCCCUUGUUGCCAAAAGUUGGUCUAAAAAGAGCACUCGGCAGCAAGCGAGGGAGCGAGAUGCCGAUUCGCGAGAAUAG